UGUAAAUAAUUAUAAAUGCUAAUGACCGUCCCGGGGUGGGGUAAUGAGGGCGGCGGGACGGUUCCUUUGUUUACAUCCGCGGGGCACACACGUGUUGCUCUAUAUUGUUGUGUGUAUAUUAAAGGAAAGGAGGAAUAGGAAUAAAUUAAUAAGAGUCACGUCCAGCCAUGGGGGGUCCAAAGGCAGGGAGGCGCACCGUCAAGAAUCUGGUCAAGGAGUUCAAGGCGGACCGAGUCAAGAACGCCAAUGUUAUCGUGGACAUUACGGAAAGACUUGAGAGUAGCGACCCUGGCACCACCCUCUCCGCAGUGACGGGCCUGCACCAUAUCUUCACCUACCUGUUGACGGAAGAAGCGAUAGAAAGGCCGAUUAAGAAGGAAGGAGACGACAGUGCUCGGAACGCCCUUAACAAAUGGCUUAAGGAAAUGUUCGAGGACACGCUGGCGGCCUUUCUCAAGCUGCUCGGACAUGGUGAGAGAGCCGUACAGGAGCUUGCCUUGACCUCCUUGAUAAAACUUAUGCAGACAGAAGGACGUCACCCCCUCCGACGCACCUCCUCCAGUGGAUAUGGCUUCCCCCUGCGCAGACUCAAGGCAAUCUUGGCGGUCUUGAUAUCGGAUGAGGAAGAUCGGAAGCCAUUGGUGAACCUACUGCUGGAAUACCUUGAAUUUGAGGACUUCCUAUUCUAUACCUUAUUGGCCAUCACCGAUAUCGUAAAAGCGCACACACACACACAAACACACACACAGACUUACAUGAACAAUCUCUUCCCUGUGCUCGAGAGGCUCCGGGUCCCCCCCCAGGGCAGCCCACCCCCCCUGACCCCCCCUAAGCACUUCCUGACCCCUGGCGACGAAGCGGAAGAAGAAAACGUUGACUCGAGCGAUGAUUUUAACCAUAACCGCAGAAAAUUCGUCCUGCCCUAUCCGGAAGCGCGUCGUUGCUUAAAUACUGUCUGGCUGGCCGUCCUGAGGUACCCCCUGACCCCAGAGCUGUACCGCCGUGCCCUGGUGGCCAUCCCGGACCUGGCCAUGCCCCACCUGGACAAGCCAUUAGCUCUGACUGGGUUCUUCAUGGAGUCGUACAAUAUGGGGGGUUCCAUCAGCCUUCUCGCCCUACAAGGUGUCUUUAUCCUCAUCAACAAGCACGACCUAGACUACCCAGAUUUCUACAAGAAGCUGUACGCAUUAUUGGAACCCACUGUAUUCCAUGCCAAAUACCGAGCGAGGUUCUUCAUGUUAUGCGAUCGUUUCCUUGCCUCAACGCACCUCCCGGAGUACCUGGUAGCCUCAUUCGUCAAGCGGUUGUCCCGGUUGAGCCUCUCCGCCCCUUCCGCCUGCCUCCACCUGGUCCUCAAGUUCAUCGUCAACCUCCUCAUCCGCUUCCCAGGGCUCCAGAGACUCAUCCACAACCCUGACGGAGGGCAGGCCAGCGACCCCUUCCAGCCUGCCGAGAGUGACCCAGCCUGCACCAGGGCUUCCGAGAGCAGCCUGUGGGAGGUAGCCAGCCUGCAGAGCCACAGCCUACCUUCCAUAAGUAGGCUGGCAGGCUUUACCAAGAGACACAGCCUGCCCCAAAAGGAAUAUGACCUAGGCCUUGUUGUGGAGGAGGCCUAUGGGGAGCUGUUCGAGAGGGCCAGCAAAAUCCCAGUGAAGGACUCCAUCCCUACGACCUUCAGCAAGCCUCAAGGACUCUUCUGCUACCCUGAGGAUGCCAUGAAGGAUUCCUGGUGUGUGUGUGUGUCCUAGGAGGAGGAGGAGGAAGAGGAGGAGGAGGAGGUGUUUUACAGAAGAAAGGAUUUGGAAGAGGAGGAGAAGGAGGAGGAGGAUAUGUUUCAAAGAAGAAAGGAAAGGAAGGAAGGAUUUGGAAGAAGAGGAGGAGGAGGAGGAGGAGGAUAUGUUUUAAAGAAGAAAGGAAAGGAAGGAAGGA